AUGAAAUACAAUUUAUCAAGAAGUAAUUAAUUUUCAUAAUAAAUAGAGAAAAGAUCUCAAAUGAAAAGUUCAAAAAAAAUGGAAAUUAUGAAAAACAUAUAUUUAAUCUAAUAUUUGAAUAGAGAAGAAAAUAAGAAUAUCAUGAAAUGA